AGGUCAUGCAGAUCCAAUGCUUCGCAACAUCAACAAUUCCUCGAUGAAUAGCGUUCUUUACACUCAAAAGAGGUUUAGGAACUCAAAUUUCUCCUCUAGAUCAACUUUGCUUCACCCUUCGAAUGCAAUCUCGCAUGAUUACUCCCACUCAGAAUUUAAGCUGAACCAAGACCAUCAUUCCAGAGUGGUUAAAGAUAACUUAACCAAGCUGAAAUAAUCUGAGGAAAGGCCACAGAACUAAUAACAACAGCGUCCUCACUGAGAGUAAAGAUAACCAGAUAGCCUUCGCAGAGAUCCAACAUAAGAUGAAAAUGUCUGCAGGAUCAAAGAUAGAAGUACCUCUGAUUACCUCCGAUUUGGCUGUUCCUCUCAAUUAUGAAAAAUUAGUCAAGCUUCCUUUCAUAAAACAAGGAAGACUCACUAGGAAAUAUUUAAAAAUGAGAAAAUAAGUUAGAAUACUUCAAACCAACUAACCUUAAGUUCAAACAAAAAAUAGAGCAAAUAAGUGCAGUCAGAGAUACAAAGAGGAAAGCCAAAAUGAAUACCUCUAAGUUCUCUCCAAAAAAAAUCAAUAUAAAUAUUAUGGAAAGAAACCCUUCAGAAGCCGUUAGACAGUCUAGGUCAUUUUUAAAGUCCCAUGAGAGAGAAAUAGCACCGAAGGUAUCUCCUAUUAGAUCAAGAGAUGUGACAGCAAAAUAUCUGGAGUCUAAAACUUCCAGAGACACAACUAUUUCGCCUAUAGAAUUUUCUAGUUCAAAGGCAAAUAUUUCCAUUAAAUAACCUCCGCCUGGCUGAUAAAAUCAAAGAGCUUCAAAAAGAAAGGUUUGUAAUAUGCUUGGAUAUUCACACAUACCUCAAGCAUGUAGAUCCAAAGAACAGAGCUUUAAGGAAUGGGGACUACAGGGAGCUUUUCCCAGAAACCCAGAAUGUUCAAUUUCCUUACAAGACUCAUCUGUGCUUAAAAUUAGACAUAAAUUCUUACUUCAGGAAAUACCUUAUUUCGAUCCCAAAAGAAGUAAAGAGGUUAAGCAAGAGCAUGAUUAAUACCCAGAACAAGCUCUACCAAAGAGCAGCAGAGGAGCUGCUUGAGUACUGUAAUGAGGAGAUGAUAUCUGCUCAUCGUAGACAAUUGGAUAAUUUCAGAUCUGAUGCCACUACCAGAAACAUUGAAGAAAGUGAUCUAGUCGCUUUCUCAGAGAUGGCAAAUACAGAUGGAUCCAUUAUUAAAUAAAGUCUCUGAUGUCAAGCACAACAUAAUUUUGUUGUUAAAAUACAAUGAAAUGAAGCUCCUGAGAGCAAUUGUUAUGAAAACACAGAAGAAAAAAGAAAUUCAACAUCCCUCUCGUACUAGAGGAAGUAUUAAGAAUAUUAUCGCUGAUGCCAGCAACAACUGGUAUUCUAACAACCUAAAAAAUUGGAAGUAUCAGUCUCAACAGAAGAUCUCUAGCUCAAAUAUUCAGAAUUAUAUUAAGAAAUUCAACCCAGCUAAAGAUUCAAGUCAUCUCAACAAAAGCAUGGAGUCUUCAGAUAAUUUUGUGUAUGAUAAUGGUGAAUACAUAAAUACAACCAUGAGUAAAUACUCGAGUGUAGAACCUGCCAUGACAAAGAGUCCUGUAAACUCCAUCAUCAAGGUAGAAGAUACCUCUGACUUAAGAGAUAUGGAGAACAAUUUCUUUAAAACUCAAAAUAGAAUUGAUAGCACUAAAAGAGAAUCAUCUGUCCCGUUUAGCUUGACAAGCAACGGGUCUCCAAGAGUUUCUUUAAAAAGUGCACAUAAAUUAAGCUCGACAAAGAGACGCUCACUCUAUAGAGGGUCCUUUAUUCAAUCUAAGGGAGCUCCAAGUGUUACUGAAUACCUCAAAUCAAGUGAAAACAAUGCUUCAAAAGAGAAGGAGGAUACUUCAAUAACUUACCAAACAGUUAAGAAGGUCUCCCAGAAAUAUAAUCUUCCAAACAAGGAAGUCUAUGAAUUAAUGACCCAGUACAACAGCAUGGUGACUAUCAGUCAAGAGCCUGAUAAGGUGAAGCCUGGUGAACCAAAAAGUCCUGAGAUAAAAUCUCCAAAAAAGGAUGAAAGCUUUGCUAAAGGAAUCAAACUCAAGGUUCUAAAUCAAUACAGCAAGCUGCUGGCGGAUAAACAUCCAGAUGUUGUACCGAUGAUUCUUAGAGGUGUAGGCGUAGAUGUAGAUGCCAGAGACCCAAGAAUCUCCAUGAAGGCAUUUAUGAACCUCAACUGUAUCCUCGAAUAUGGCGUUGCAGAGAAAGACGAAUUAAUUCAAUUCUGGACAAGAGUUCUAGACCCUGAAAAUAAAUUCUUAGUAAAAUAAGGAAAAUGUGAUAGAUUUCUUUGAUAAACUAUCUAAAGGAAGAUUUAGCAAGACUAACCAUCAAAUAUUUAGCUAUGCCAAGGAUGUGUGGCAGUUCUUUGAGCUAAAAGGCUUACUCACAACUAAUAAUACAGAAUUAGACAUUAAUAGACUCAGAAAAGACAUGACAGAAGGGACCAUUGAUACACAAGUAUUUAGUGAUAUUUUCACAGUUGGGUUUGAUCCUGAAAUAAACCAGAAAUAAAAUAUUAAA